AUGGAGAAGAACCUGCGCCGAGCGGGCAGCAAACUCACCCUGUCUAUGAGAGGCUCCAACUACGGCUCCUUGCUCACCAUGGAGGGUCAGUUCCAGGUUUACGCCAAGACGGCGUACUACAAGGGCAACGUUGUGGCUGUGAAGUACCUGAACCAGAAACGCAUCGAACUGACCAGGAAGGUUCUCUUCGAGCUGAAAUAUAUGAGAGACGUACAGAACGAACAUUUGACCCGAUUUGUCGGCUCGUGUAUAGACCCCCCCAAUAUCUGUAUACUGACCGAGUACUGCCCCCGGGGGAGCCUGCAGGAUAUUCUGGAGAAUGAGAGUAUUACUCUGGAUUGGAUGUUCCGAUAUUCGUUGAUAAAUGACAUUGUGAAGGGAAUGCUCUUCCUGCACAACAGCGUCAUCGGGUCCCACGGGAACCUCAAGUCCUGCAACUGCGUGGUGGACAGCCGCUUCGUCCUGAAGAUCACCGACUACGGCCUGGCCAGCUUCCGUGGGGUGGUGGACUCCGAGGAUUCUCACGCUUUUUUUGCCAAGCGGCUGUGGACGGCUCCGGAGCUCCUCCGUAUGGAAUCCCCCAAUCCUCAGGGGACCCAAAAAGGAGACGUCUACAGCUUUGGAAUCAUCCUUCAGGAGAUCGCUCUCCGAAACGGGGUCUUCUACAUGGACAGCGGUGACUACAGCCCCAAAGAAAUAAUAGAACGCGUGAAGAGCCAGGAAAAGCCGUACUUCCGACCGUCCACCAACCUGUACUGCCAUAUCCAGGAACUGGGGGUGCUCAUGCAGAGGUGCUGGGCAGAGGACCCUCUAGACAGGCCGGACUUCAACCAGAUUAAAGUUCUGCUACGAAAGUUCAACAGGGAGAACAGCACCAACAUCUUGGACAAUCUGCUGUCCCGCAUGGAGCAGUACGCCAACAACCUGGAGGAGCUGGUGGAGGACCGGACCCAGGCCUACCUGGAGGAGAAACGCAAGGCUGAGGCUCUUCUCUACCAGAUACUUCCUCAUUCUGUGGCCGAGCAGCUGAAGAGAGGGGAGACAGUGCAGGCCGAGGCCUUUGAUAGCGUCACCAUCUACUUCAGCGACAUUGUGGGGUUCACGGCGCUCUCGGCUGAAAGCACGCCAAUGCAGGUGGUCACGCUCCUGAACGAUCUCUACACUUGCUUUGACGCCAUCAUUGACAACUUUGACGUGUACAAGGUGGAGACGAUCGGCGACGCCUACAUGGUGGUCUCCGGGCUGCCGGUCCGCAAUGGGAAGCUCCACACCCGGGAGAUCGCGCGGAUGUCUCUGGCCUUGCUGGACGCUGUCAAGACGUUUAAAAUCCGACAUCGACCCGCGCAGCAGCUGCGGCUUCGGAUAGGAAUUCAUACAGGUCCCGUCUGUGCCGGAGUUGUGGGCCUUAAGAUGCCUCGAUACUGCCUCUUCGGAGAUACGGUGAACACGGCAUCACGCAUGGAGUCCAAUGGCGAAGCACUAAAGAUCCACGUUUCCACAGACACACGGAAUGUCUUAGAAGAGUUCAGCUGCUUUGAGCUGGAACUGAGAGGUGACGUAGAGAUGAAGGGCAAAGGCAAGGUCCGAACCUACUGGCUACUGGGCGAACGAAGCAGCAGCAGCACCCACGGGUGA